CCCAAUCUCAUUCUCAACUGGAUUGGACGAAGCUUAGAGUUCCGUCUACUUCUCAGAGAGAGAGAGAGAGAGAGAGAGAGAGAGAGAGAGACGACGCAAAGGAUCCAUCGGGGCGGAGGCCGAUCACUUGUGUCAACCGGAUCGGAGGCUGGUGGUUUAAAGAACGGCGCUCCGAGGUUCUUCCUGGAGCUUUUGCAUGGGGUCCGAGGAAUUCGAGAAAGAUAAUAUGGAGUAAAAUCAAGAUAUGAAGAAAAUCACUUUCUUCAAAACGUGUGAAGAAACAAGUUGAAAAAUGCACACACUUAGCUGUCAUGUAUGGUCAACUAAGUUCCAUCUUUCUUCAGCAUAUAUGUGAAAGCUUCUGAGUUCGUGAAUAACUGAAAAUUAAUAGUAUGGUAUACAAAGGUUCUCUGAUAUCUGGCUGUUAAGAAUCUAUUUCAAGCUCAUUGCUGAUUGGUUUUUGUUUGUCUUCACCAAUUGGAUUGGAGUAGAUGUCAUUCCGUAGUAUAGUCCGUGAUGUUAGAGAUGGCUUUGGCAGUUUAUCAAGGCGGAGUUUUGAUGUCAGGCUUUCAAGUCUAAUCGGUCAUCGCAGGGGAAAAUCCCAAGGCUCUGUGCUGGAGUUGCAUGAUCCAUGUCCUGUUAUCCAGCAGAGUCGUUGGGCUAGCUUACCCCCUGAGCUUCUCCGUGAUGUGAUCAGAAGGUUAGAGGCAAGUGAAAGCACAUGGCCAUCUCGGAAGCAUGUUGUUGCCUGUGCAGCUGUCUGUAGAUCAUGGAGGGAGAUGUGCAAAGAGAUUGUUAAGUGUCCAGAAGUCAGUGGGAAGCUCACGUUUCCAAUCUCUCUAAAGCAGCCUGGACCGCGGGAUGGAACCAUUCAAUGCUUCAUUAAGAGGGAUAAGUCAAAACUUACUUAUCAUUUGUACCUGUGUCUUAGCACCUCUGUUCUCGUUGAGACUGGUAAGCUUCUCCUAUCAGCUAAAAGAAAUCGCCGAACCACUUAUACAGAAUAUAUUAUCUCAAUGGAUGCUGGAAGCAUAUCAAAGACAAGCAAUUCAUACAUUGGAAAGCUAAGGUCAAACUUUCUUGGCACCAAAUUUGUGGUAUACGACACCCAGCCUCCACACAACAUUUCUACCGUUUGCCCACCUGGUCGAACAAGUCGUAGGUUCUCCAAGAAAGUCUCUCCCAAAGUCCCUUCAGGCAGCUAUAACAUAGCCCAGGUUACGUAUGAGUUGAAUGUUCUUGGCACACGAGGACCACGGCGUAUGCACUGCAUCAUGUACUCGAUUCCUGCAUCAGCACUUGAGCCUGGGGGCACAGUUCCUGGUCAACCUGAGAACCUUGUUUCCCAUUCCCUUGAUGACUCUUUCCGCAGCAUGUCAUUCUCCAAGUCCUCGAUCAUGGACCGUUCAUUCGACUUCAACAGCUCUCGCUUCUCUGACAUAACUGGAGGAACUCGCGAGGGAGAAGAGGAGGAUAACAUAAAGGAAAGGCCAUUGGUACUGCGAAACAAACACCCAAGGUGGCAUGAGCAGCUGCAAUGUUGGUGCCUGAACUUCCGUGGCAGGGUUACAAUUGCUUCGGUGAAGAACUUCCAGCUGAUAUCUGCUGUGCAGCCAUCAGCGGGCGCUCCGACUCCAUCAGAGCCACCAGCAGUGCAAUCUGAGCAUGAUAAGGUAAUCCUCCAGUUUGGCAAGGUGGGGAAGGAUAUGUUCACCAUGGAUUACAAGUAUCCACUCUCUGCCUUCCAGGCUUUUGCCAUAUGUUUGAGCAGCUUCGACACCAAGUUGGCUUGUGAAUAAAACACUGUUGAUUGUUUGGUAGUGAAAACAGCCAAAGAAUAAUUUUUUUUUUCCAAAAGGUAAAAAGAAUGUGCCUUGUCGAUUCUCAUCGGUUGCUCGAUUCUCAUCGGUUGCUAGUGUCUAGUGAUCAGGUUGUAACGUGCAGCUUUGUGAUUUUUUUUUUCGAGGCACUUGUGAACCUAUGAACCGUAUUACCCACGUAGAUUCUCUUUCUAAUUAUUUGCAUUUAACUUAUUCUGUCCUGAUUUGAAAACCGUUUACCCCUUUAUAUACUAAUUAUAAAUGUAUGUGCAUCGAUAGCUUAAUGAACUGAAAAAAAUGCUAUUGUUUAUUACUGGAGUUUUUCUGUGGAAUA